AUGGCAGCGCCUGCCAUCCAGUCUUCGGAAUACCUCGGAGAUCAAGAGUCGGGAAAGAAAAGAGAGCGCGAGGUCACUGACACCGAAGCUCAACAGGAGACGAAACGAAGGUCUGACAAAACCAAGAAGCAAGUUCACUGGAAUCUGGCUCCGAUGCCUCCGUCUUCGGCUUAUUCGCAUCCUCCUUCAUAUGUCUAUUCUAAACUCCCCAAGUAG